UCCCGCAUUGCACAGGCGAGUGCGCAACUUUUGCUUUCAAUGACAUUUCUCAAAGCCGACCCGACAAAUAUUUUGCAUUUCAAAACGUAAUCUUCUAUCUCAAGUACAAAUUGGCAGAAUGGACUUGUCGAAGGUCAAGGACGAAGUUAAACGCGAUUUGUGUCGACGAUACUUUUUCUACGGACUUGCGUUCCUUCCCUUUCUGUGGGCUGUAAAUGCUGUUUGGUUCUACAAAGAGGCCUUCAAGAGGUCACCUUUUCCAGAACAGAAAGAAAUUCGUAAAUAUUCUAUUCUAUCGGGGUUGGGGGCAAUAAUUUGGAUAAUUAUACUUGGAACUUGGGUCAUCGUUUAUCAAACUAAUCGAGCCUCGUGGGGAGAACUUGGAGAUGACCUGUCAUUCAUUUUACCUCAAGGAAGACCUUAAAUAACUUUCCACUUUUCUACUCAUGUACACACAUACAACACGUUAUUAUUAUUUAGCCUCAUGGAAUGAGGCAUUAAGGUAUUGCAGAUUAACGCAUCGUAUUUAUUUCCUAAUGAACCAUUUUAUACUUAGAAUCUAAGUCUUAGAUCGAUAUUUGAUAACAUAUUAAUUAAAAUUUAAUAUUAAAACCAAACGAAAAAUGUUCCCAAAACGUUCCUGAGUUUGUGUCUCGACAAUGAAAGUACACUUACGAUAUCAUCAAAAAUACGAUAAAAAGUGCAUGAUGCGGA